AUGCUUGACUUUGAACAAGAUUUUUAUAAAUUUGUUAAAGCUUAAUUAGACAAAAAAAAAGGUAAUAAUAAGAUUGGAACAGAUGAAUCAGGUAAUGAAGAGGAGACACUAAAGAGUAAUUAAAUAUUUUUUAUAAAGAAAAUAGGUUAGUAAGUGAGAACAUCAAUAAAGUACUUUAAAAUGAAAGAAAAAAGAUGAAAAUCAGCAAAAUAUCAAAGGAAUAACAUUUUGAGAAUAAAAUGAAGGAUUUUGCUAAUAUGGAUACAUUUAUUGAUGUUAAACAGUUUCUUAAGAAUCUCAAUGAUUAAUAAAAGAAAAAAACGAAUAAAAAGGUGUUUAAGUCAUUCAAACGUAGUCAAUCAGAUAGUGAUAAUGAUGAUUUAUUUGAUUAUGCAGAAAUUGUUUAGAAAAGUAAAAAGUACAUUGCAAAAUCUUAAAAGUACAGGACUAAACCAAAUAUACAGGGUUACCUUUAAGUCGAAGAAAAACUUCAUAAAAAAACAGAAGAAAUUGAAGAAGGAAGAUCAACAAAUGAAAAAUUUUAUACUGGAAUAGAUAAAUUAAUAACAGAUAUAAAUCAAAAAAAUGCUUAAUCUGAAAUAGAUAAACAAUAUGAAAAAGAAAAAAAAAGACAUAGAGAUUCUAUGAGUUCUGAAUAAUAAUUACCAUAAAUACUUCAAUUGGAUUUUGGUAAAGAUGAAUUAACAAUUAAAGCAGAAAAGAAAUUCAAAGAAUAAUCUUAAAAAGUUUUAUAACUUCUUGAAAAAACUACUAAAAUGUUAUAUAGAAAUAGAAUACCCUAACCACCAAAUCCUAAAAUCUUGAAAUAGUAAUAGUAAUAAUUGAAAGAAUUGUAACAACAUCCUUCCUCUGUAGAAAUUAGAAGCUCUAAGCAAAUUCUUAUUAAAAGUCGAAGUAUAAGUAAAGAUAUAAAAUUGCCUACAAUUAACUCACAUAUUUAACCGAAAAAUGGAAAGAGAAUUGGAACAUUACAAUAAUUAAGUCAUGCAACUUUACCAGAAAUAAAACCAGGAUCUUUUGUUUCUCUUAGAGAAGAUAGAAAUUUAGAAGAUGCACAUUAUUUUAAAAGCUAAAAUAACAUUAUUAAUUAACAAAAUUAAGUUAAUAAUUUCAGUCAUCAUAGUCUUAGUUUAGAAGUAAAAAAUUAAAUAGAUGAUUUUAUUACUUAAGUAAUCCUUAUUUUAUAUAAUUUUAGGUAGAAAGUGCAUAAGAAUAAUUCUCUAAAAUGUACCCUUCAGAUACUUAAUUAUAAAAAAUAUAAAAUAGAAUGAGCAAAAAGAUGAAUACAAUAGGUAAAGCUCCUUUAGAGAGUUUGAAAUAUUUAACUAGAAGAAAAUUUAAUAUUUCUAGAAAAUUUGAAACAAAAAUUAAAAAAAAUAAAGCUCAAAUAUUUUGA